AUGGAAAGUAACCCUCCCGCGGAGAACGCCUCCCCGUCUGACAAGCCGCUGCCGACGCCGCCGCCUGCAGCCAGAAACAACAGGAAAGCUAAACGGCAGAGGGGUUCUCAGCCACAGUCCGUUCCCGAGCCUGCUCCGGGCGAGCGCGACACUACCCCCGCCGCUGUAUCGCAUGGGAACAACAACCAACCUCAUCAGCCCUUGGCUCCCAAUCAUAGACCUGUUCAUCCUUAUCCCGCCUAUCCUAUGAUGAACCCGCCGUAUUCCAUGAAUGGCUCGCCCUACCCUCAGCCCCCGGCGUCCAAUCCGUCGUACAACUCGUCGGCUAACCCGGCAAUGAACCGCUCUAGUCCGCAGGUUGGACCUGGUAUGCCAAACAAUGUACCGCCUCACCCGUACCCGUACCCGCUCCAACAAAAUCCCUAUCCCACCCAUGGCUAUGGCUAUCCUCAGUUCGCUGCGCCUCACAUGAUGGUCUAUCCGAGACAGCCCUCGCAGGAGGCGCUGAAGACUCAGGGUGCCUCUUCACCGGCCCCUUCUCCCACUUCGACUUCAGGUAAGCGUAAACGAAAAUCAACCGAUGAUGCUAGGGGGCACGGUGUUGGUGAGAGGGCGUCUGACGAAGAGGUGGCCUCUGGUCGUGCGUCAGGUCAUCAUGCUAGCCCGGGCACUACCGGCGUCGUCGACGUGAAAAAGCGCACGAAAACCCAACGCGCUUGCGACAGCUGUCGAACGCGUAAGAUCAGAUGCGACAUCAUCCCUGACACUGAUCCGCCAGUAUGCCAGCACUGCAGACAGUACGGUUAUGAGUGCACGGCCUUCAAGCCCAUCACCGAGACUCGCUUCAAGAAGCGGAGAAUGGAGCAGGACAAUGCAGCGAGUGGUGCAGAAAGAGAGAAGACAGAGUCCUUGCGUACGGGUACCGCGUCUCCUGCACCCUCUACUCAUUAUUUCGGCCCAACGUCCCCAGCGUACCUACUGCAUUCGCAGCAUUCCAUCCCCCCGCGCGUGUACGAAUCUUACGAUCUACGAUAUCACCACUCAUGGGAAGUGAGCCGCGGCGGGGACGGGCUUAUACAGAUCGCAGAGCCCGACCGCAGUGAGCCAGCAACCGCUCUACCCAAGCCCAUAGAUCCCCGGAUAGAGCGCGAAGUCAUCCAGAAACUCGUCAAUGCAUACUUUGCUGAGGUUUGCCCCUUACUGCCCGUCGUCACCCAAUCAGAACUUCUGUCAAGUCCCUCGCCGCCGCCAAUAUUGCUGUAUUCAAUGUGCGCCGUCGCGGCCGCGAAGCGUGACGUGCCGCAAACCGUCUUUGACACACUGAGACACGCCGUCAACAGUGUGAUCAAAGCCGAUGAUGUCUUGAGCACAGCGUCUGUAGUCAAUGUGCAGAGUUUGCUUAUCCUCUCUAUGACGGGCGAUUGCCAUUCGCAAUUUGUACCGAACGCACUGUCUGCGCUUUGGAUUCGAUUAGGAGCAGCAAUACGGAUGGCCCAGGAUCUCGGGCUACACAGGGCAGAAUCUGUCAAGGCCAACAUAGAGAUGCGGCGGCGCCUGUGGGGUGUAUGUGUUGUCAGCGACCGAUGGACAAGUCUCGCGUAUGGCCACCCCUUCAUGAUAGACGUUCAAGAUUGCGAUGCUCGUCUCCCGUCGUCGGGCGAUCCCAACGAUCUCUACAUGGAUGAGAUGGUUCGAUUAAGUAUUAUUCUGGGACGUGUGCUUAAGACUAUCUACAGUCCUUCCGGCUUGACCCUCGCCACGGACGAGAUACUAUAUGCACUACUCGCGGAUAUUGAGGCUUGGAAGAAAAAUCUUCCUGAAAGCUUACAAUUCCGAGGGCCCGAGACGCCCACUAAUGGAGGCAUCCUGCACCUGUUAUACUCCUGUGUCUGUAUGAUAUUCUGGCGUGUAUUCAUGCGGAUAUCGUACAGCUGCCCCUCGCACUUAAAAUUCUCGCUCACCGUUGAGCAGUGGAGCAAUCUCGUGCAGCUGACUGGCGAGGCCAUCGACUGGCUGGAUGCACACGAGCGGCAAUACGACGUCUGGUUACUGGUUGCCUAUGCAACUACCUCAUGUGCUCUUGUUCAGUACCAUACAUGGGCACGUCGAAAAGACCACGAAGCCGUGAACAAGCUCCGUAAACUUCGAGACUGCGUCCGCCGAUGGGAGAAGUCUCUUUCACCCGACCAUAUGUCGGCUAGACGAAAGACGGCGGAGAUCAUUUCUCUUUUGUAUGAAGCCACUCAGGGCCCUGCUCAAUCUCUCGAAGCCCCCGCUCUCAAUCCGACCGGCGGCGUUAAGGGCAAGAACCUGCAGGAAGGUCUGGAUUACAAGAAGGACCCAUCCCGUCCCGGCGGGGGCGUCUACAUCGCGCAUGGGAAGGCGAGAGAGGGGGACUACUCUGAGGUGCCGCCAGGGCAAGUUAUACUCUCGGAUGACGAAUCGGAAGGUGAGGAAUUGUCCGUGAUGUCGGCACUGGGCGUGUCGCACGUAAGGGGCACCGCCGAACCAGCUGCUCGCACACCUCCCUCUCCGCUCGGUGAUCCUUCAUCUGACGUUGCUGGCGGCGUGACCUCUUUCUGGUCCGCGCCGGGUUCCUCAGGCGGUGCUAACAACGCUAAUGCCGAUACGAACCGAGCGGCUGCUGGCAGCCAGGGCAGCCAGGCAGCGGGCUCGUCCCUGGUCAACAUGGUGCCGCUGACUGGCCCUGGAGCGAGCUUCACGAACCUGAACCCGGCCAUGAACGAUUUAAUGGCGACGGCGAACAACAACGUGCAGGUAAUGAAUGUGUUGGACAUGCCUAUGCCGGAAGCUUCAAACAAUCAAUUGCAGCAGUAUGCGGUCGCCGAAGACGGGUUUCUGGACGGUCUGCCUGGUGGGAUGUUCGAUUGGGGCCAAUGGGACACGUUCUUUGCACGUCUCGCGCCUCAAGUUGGGUUGCCGGGGUUCCAGCAACCGCUGGCGCAAGAUCAGCAAGCCUCCACCAGUAAUGGAAUUACGGGGUCUAUGCCGGGACAGCCCGACGGGCGAUCCCAGCAAAGAGACCAAAUGGGUUACCGUCCCCCGGGCAGCGGGAGCUAACAUUUCGCGGUGCCAGUUCGUUGUUUACUUGUGUAGACUUUGUGAGACUGUUGGGCGGCCUUUCCCUGCGUAUAUUCCGCUGCGUUUCACCCGUCCCUUUUCUUGUAUUCAUCCACGUCCUUUCCUGUUUCACCUAUCGCACGUACUUCCUCGGACUUCACGCUGCUUGGUAUAACGACCCGUAGGUAAUGAUGGAAGCUGCGAGAACCAAAAGUGUAUUUUACUUCUAUCGAGCCAUAGACAGAGUAUACGAUGACCUUGACGC